CCCGAACUCUCCCCUCUAAAUAUCCCUCGCCCGCAUGGUAUGGUCAUGUUUCCAUAGCUGUGCAGUUGCACUCAUGGGAUGUGAGAGGAAACAAGUGAAGAUGUGCUCGUACAGGAGCCUCUUGCCUCGAGAUUCUCAACUCGGUCCCGAUCUCGAUCCCGAACAGUGGCAUCUUAAGUAUCUCGAAUCGCUUGCUGAUCUCUCACAAAGUGUCCGUACACAUCUGCUGAAGAAAAUAAACUAUUCGCCAUAGACCAAGCUCCGAGUAUUCAACUUCUCAGGAAAUUUUGACUAAUGUUAUGCUGUGACCCAAUGCAGAAAAUCUGCUUGUUUGAUGAGUCCGCGUUGUAACGGAUCCCACGGAAGAAGUUUGAGAUCCUUUCAUUCUGGAUUUUCAAUGUUGUUUGCAAAGGAGGGUCAAAUCUGCUUCCUGCUCUCGGGAGAAAUGGGUCCCACCACUUGUAGCUUCGCCACGAAGCUGAUCGACGCUACCCUCAUUUCUCUAGUUUCAUGCCAGGAGUGCUCGUGCAUCAUCAAAUCGUUGCUGCACGUCUUGCUGUGGCUUGAUCGAUCACUUGUGUGCAUUUCCCUCCAUACAUGUAUGUGUAUAUGUGUUGUUUUUAAUGGUUGAUUGUUUGCAGAGUUCGGGUGGCAUGAGUGAAGAUUCGACUCGUGGUGAGGUGCUUCCGUUCUCAUGGUUCCUGGCAGCCGAAACUUUAAUCUGAUUGAACGGCUUGAUUGUAUCGAGGAAGGGGCAUUGUAAUUCCGUGAGUAUUAGAUUAUGGCAGGACUUGAUAAUGGAACUUGCAUUCGGCUUGAGGUCCUGGAGGAGCUUGACAUGUCGACUGUGAAGAGGACGCUCUUUGUGAAAAGUGUUUGGGAGCCAACGAGAUUAUCUCCAACGAGUUUCUCUCUUGCGAUCUCCGAUGGGCAUCGGGCUUGGACGUUUGAAGGCUCUGAGACCUUCGUGAAGAAAAGGGCUGAAGUGUGGGACAAGAAUGUGAGCUGGGUGAUGGACAAACUCAAACUCCUCCUCACUGUGGUACAACCGGGGAUAGCUUACCACUUGACUGGGAUGCUCGAUAAUCAUAGAAAGGUAUCUGCCAUUCCUUUUUCCAGCUUCUAUCCAUUGAGAAAAAAACACCAAUUUUCCUUCGAGAUUCAAGACAUGGAAACAAAUCUUUCUUUGACAGCCAAUUUUUCAUUGGUCGAUGCAUCUGAUCCAGAAAUUGUCACGCGUGAUUUGUUAGGUUUUCUGUUGCAUGGCAAUGAAAUACUUACGGUGGAUUAUGUGAAAAAAUGCCGAAGUUUUGAUCAAGUGCUGGCUGAAAAUAAAGCCCUCUCUGAGCAGAACAAGCGCUUCGCCCAUGAAAAGAAGCAAUUCGAGCAAGCUGUGUACAAGAAGUUUGUAGCGGUCCUCAACUCCAAAAAGAUAAAAUUGAAGGAGCUUAAGAAGGAGAUAGAAAAAUGGAAAAUUCAGCCUGAAUCUAAAGUAGAGAGGGAUGACACGACCAGUUCGUCCAGUGGCGAAGAUGAAAAGGAAAUUGAUCACCAAGAGGUAUUAAGAUCGUCAUCAAAUAAAAGUAUCAGGCAGAGGGAAGAUGGAUCCAGUGGAAGUUUAAUCGGUGCAUCAGCCUUCAAUGACCCGGAUGCAACCCAACCAUUUUUGGAUGAGAUGGAAAACAAAGCCCGUAUUACUGAGUUUCCGAAUGAAGACGUUCCUUCCAACGUAGUGGCAGCUUUGCUUGAGGACACAUCCUACACUGCCCUACCAAGAAAACGGCGUCGGCGUUAGUGUUUAUUAUUUUAAUUGUACCAAUCAUCGUACAUCUCUUCUGUAAGGAGAAAAUGCCCAAUUAUUAUGUGGAGAAUUUAAUAAAUAUCACUGUCUAGUUCUAGAGAAGAAUUUCAAGUUGAAAUUUGAAAUAAGAACUUGCAUCUCAAGUUGAUAUCCUGACCAAAAUCAGUCAAAGUUGAGGAAACACGAGUCUUACAAAGUGGACAGAUUUCAGUGGCCUGAUAUUGUCCAUGCGCUCCAGACUAGUAGCACAUGGUUGAACUGCUAUGUACUCGCCUAAGUUUUACUAAAACCCCAUUAAAGCUUCCUUGGUCUA